UGAAAACUUAGUACAGAAAUGUAACCUACUGCAGCAAGCGAGAUGAUCUUCUGGAAAUCUUUACUUUUGCUUCACUCUGAGGAUAAUUUGCUUCAGGCAAGAGAUUUUUGGGUGCUGCUGAAAUUUCGGAGAUCUGGGAAAAUGGGGUAAUAACAUGACACCAGCUCUUAAGCAGCAACAUCUGCUGUGGUUCAAAGCCACACAAAGAAAGCUGCUUAAGCAGUUGAAUAUUUUGGACUGCACGGACAAGUGUGGUUCAACUGCAAAGACUGCAGAGUGGAGGAAACUUAAAGUUUAGAGAAGUUGUUUAAAAAUGGAGUCGUGGAAGAUGAGCAUCUUUAAGAGACAAACAUCACCUUGUCCUCCAAGCUAUCGAAGAUCUUUGUCAGAACCUGCUUAUGCAAAUUCAGAGAUAGGAACAAGCUUAAAGAAUUAUCCUUGGCGUGGUCCAGUGAAAAGCAAGAGGAAGAAAAAUGAACAUGCUGUUUCCAACCUAGGAAAGCCACUGGGUGCUUAUCGGUGGCAAACACAUCCCAGCUUUAGGUGGAAAGGGGGCAAAAGGGAGAGAUGGCAGACUAAUAAAGGAGACGUGGAUGAAGCACAACACAAGGUCGUGCCAAAGAUGGUUGGUAAUAAUGCCUCUUCCUCUGCUAAUGAGGUCCUUGGAACAUCAACAGAGAAGCUGAACCUGGUCAACACCCGGUCACUUCGGGUUCCAUUCACCAGAUCUAUUUCAGAGCCAGAACCCCGCUGCAGUAUCAGAUUUGGUAGACCGUGGCCGACUUCAGUGAGGUCAGAGGAGUCUGAGCAGCAGGGAUAUUUCAUCCGUGGCAUUUUUUCUACUCUUUCCAAUGGCUUCUCCAGGAUGCUGAGUUUAAGAGGAGAAUCAACCAAUGAGCCAGUAAGAGAAGAUGUGAAGGGGCCACCCACCCAUCGUCUGUCUUGCGGCCAGUCACCCUACACGGAAACGACAACGUGGGAGCGGAGGUACUGCAUCCUCACGGACAGCCAGCUGGUGCUGCUCAACAAGGAGAAGGAGAUACCUGUGGAGGGAGGACAGGAGCAGCAGACAGAUUCCACCAAAGGGCGAUGCCUGAGGAGAACCGUCAGUGUCCCUUCGGAGGGCCAGUUUCCUGAGUACCCACCAGAGGGCGCCACUAAACUGGAGGUGCCGGCAGAAAGGUCCCCCCGCAGACGGAGUAUCUCAGGGACCAGUACAUCAGAGAAACCCAACUCCAUGGACACUGUAAAUACCUCACCCUUCAAAGUACCAGGGUUCUUCAGCAAGCGCCUGAAAGGCUCCAUCAAGAGGACCAAAAGCCAAUCAAAGCUUGACAGAAACACGAGCUUUCGGCUUCCAUCCCUUCGUAACACAGAUGACAGGGCUCGUGGUCUGCCUAAACUAAAAGAGUCACGUUCCCAUGAGUCCUUGCUGAGCCCUUGCAGUGCAGUUGAGUGUCUGGAUCUUGGCAGAGGAGAGCCCGUGUCAGUGAAACCACUCCAUAGUAGCAUCCUUGGACAAGAUUUCUGCUUUGAGGUUACCUACUUAAGUGGAAGUAAAUGCUUCAGCUGUAACUCUGCUUCAGAGAGAGAUAAGUGGAUGGAAAACCUUCGUAGGACAGUUCAACCAAAUAAGGACAAUUGCAGACGAGCUGAAAAUGUUCUUCGUUUAUGGAUCAUUGAAGCCAAGGACCUUGCCCCUAAAAAGAAAUAUUUCUGUGAACUGUGCCUUGAUGAUACCCUCUUUGCUCGUACAACCAGCAAGACCAAAGCAGAUAAUAUUUUCUGGGGCGAACAUUUUGAAUUCUACAGCCUUCCACCUCUUCAUAGCAUCACAGUUCACAUUUAUAAAGAUGUGGAAAAAAAGAAAAAAAAAGACAAGAAUAAUUAUGUCGGGCUAGUCAACAUUCCCACUGCCAGUGUGACUGGUCGCCAGUUUGUAGAAAAGUGGUACCCAGUGAGUACCCCUACGCCCAACAAAGGAAAGACAGGCGGACCUUCUAUUCGGAUUAAAUCACGGUUCCAAACUAUCACCAUUCUGCCUAUGGAGCAAUACAAAGAAUUUGCAGAAUUUGUCACCAGCAACUACACCAUGCUGUGUUCUGUCCUUGAACCAGUAAUUAGUGUGAGAAAUAAAGAGGAGUUGGCUUGUGCCUUAGUACACAUUCUUCAAAGUACCGGCAGAGCCAAGGAUUUUCUGACCGACUUGGUGAUGUCUGAGGUGGAUCGCUGUGGAGAGCAUGAUGUCUUGAUCUUCAGAGAGAACACCAUUGCCACCAAAUCCAUUGAGGAAUACCUCAAGUUGGUGGGACAACAGUAUCUUCAUGACGCAUUGGGGGAGUUCAUCAAAGCUCUGUACGAGUCAGAUGAGAACUGUGAGGUGGAGCCCAGCAGGUGUUCCUCUAGUGAACUGAUAGAGCAUCAGAGCAACCUGAAAAUGUGCUGUGAGCUGGCUUUCUGCAAGAUCAUCAACUCGUACUGUGUUUUCCCUCGUGAGUUGAAAGAAGUGUUUGCGUCAUGGAAGCAGCAGUGCCUGAACCGUGGCAAACAGGACAUCAGCGAGCGGCUCAUCAGUGCCUCGUUAUUUCUGCGUUUUCUGUGCCCAGCCAUUAUGUCUCCCAGUCUUUUCAACCUGAUGCAAGAGUAUCCUGAUGACCGCACGUCUCGGACUCUGACUCUAAUUGCCAAGGUCAUUCAGAACCUGGCUAACUUUGCCAAAUUUGGUAACAAAGAAGAAUACAUGGCAUUCAUGAAUGAUUUUUUAGAACAUGAAUGGGGUGGAAUGAAGCGCUUUCUUUUGGAGAUCUCUAAUCCGGACACCAUCUCGAACACGCCAGGCUUUGAUGGUUACAUUGAUCUGGGCCGAGAGCUUUCAGUUUUGCAUUCCUUACUGUGGGAAGUAGUUUCCCAACUUGAUAAGGGUGAAAAUUCCUUCCUACAGGCGACCGUGGCAAAAUUGGGACCUCUCCCUCGAGUUCUUGCUGAUAUUACCAAGUCUCUGACUAAUCCUACACCAAUACAACAGCAACUAAGACGCUUCACUGAGCAUAACUCCAGUCCAAAUGUCAGUGGAAGCCUCUCCUCUGGGCUGCAGAAAAUAUUCGAAGACCCCACUGACAGUGAUUUGCAUAAACUAAAAUCUCCAAGCCAGGACAACACUGAUAGCUACUUCAGAGGGAAAACAUUACUGCUGGUGCAGCAAGCGUCCUCCCAGAGCAUGACUUACUCUGAAAAGGAUGAGAAGGAAAGUAGCCUUCCUAACGGUCGGAGCAUCUCCCUCAUGGACCUUCAGGACACUCACGCUGCUCAAGUGGAGCAUGCGCCUGUCAUGCUCGAUGUGCCUAUGCGCUUAACUGGAAGCCAGCUUUCCAUAACCCAGGUGGCCAGCAUCAAACAACUGCGGGAAACCCAGAGCACUCCCCAGAGCGCACCCCAAGUGAGAAGGCCCCUGCACCCGGCCUUGAACCAGCCAGGCAGCCUCCAGCCCUUGUCAUUCCAGAACCCUGUCUAUCACCUCAAUAACCCAAUUCCGGCAAUGCCAAAGGCCUCUGUGGAUUCCAGUUUGGAGAACCUAAGCACUGCCAGUUCCAGAAGCCAAAGUAACAGUGAGGAUUUCAAACUCAGCGGGCCCAGCAAUAGCAGUAUGGAAGAUUUCACCAAACGCAGCACCCAGAGUGAGGAUUUCUCCAGGCGGCAUACUGUGCCAGACAGACACAUACCUCUUGCUCUGCCACGGCAGAAUAGUACCGGGCAGGCCCAGAUCCGGAAAAUGGACCAGGCUGGGUUAGGUGCCCGAGCCAAAGCCCCGCCAUCCCUGCCACAUAGUGCUUCCUUACGUAGCACGGGGAGCAUGUCGGUGGCCUCUGCAGCCCUCAUGGCCGAACCUGUGCAGAAUGGGAGCCGGUCCCGGCAGCAGUCUUCCUCCUCCAGAGAGAGCCCUGUUCCCAAAGUGAGAGCGAUCCAGAGACAACAAACACAGCAGGUUCAGUCACCUGUGGACUCUGCCACAAUGUCCCCAGUAGAGAGGACAGCAGCCUGGGUUCUGAACAAUGGACAAUAUGAAGAGGAUGUGGAAGAAACUGAGCAAAAUCAAGAUGAAUCCAAGCAUGCUGAGAAGUACGAGCAGGAAAUCACGAAGCUGAAGGAGCGCCUGCGAGUGUCCAGCCGGCGGCUGGAGGAGUAUGAGCGCCGCUUGCUGGUGCAGGAGCAACAGAUGCAGAAGCUGCUGCUGGAGUACAAGGCGCGGCUGGAGGACAGCGAGGAGCGCCUGCGCAGGCAGCAGGAGGAGAAGGACAGCCAGAUGAAAAGCAUCAUCAGCAGGCUCAUGGCUGUGGAAGAGGAACUGAAGAAGGACCACGCUGAGAUGCAAGCCGUUAUUGAUGCAAAGCAAAAAAUAAUUGAUGCACAGACUAAAGUUGCCACUGUAUUUGACAUGUUACCACCUUACUUCGAGCAUGUAUCUGGAUGAUUAGAACACCUGGCGAAAAACCAGAAAGGACGUGCUUACGGGAACAUUCUUCUGAAGUUCUGUCUUAGCAUUGAGGACAACGUGUUGGAGAACUUCCCACCGGACAGGCAAAGAGUGUUCGGAUGGAGGAGGACAAACCCACCAUUAAUGUGUCGUAUUGCGAGGAUGCCCUCGGAGAGCUCCUCACUCUGGACGGCCUGAGGUCUCUGUAACAGCUCGGGUGGCUAGUGAGGAAAGUGCCCUCCGCUUCUCCGGAAGUGUGGCCUCCCUCCGCUUCUCAGCCACCACUGUCCUCUCUUUCUUCUCCAGGGAGAUGAAUGCGGUUUGUUUCAGGACUGGUGUUGUCUCGUUGGGGUUUGGGUGCCUGUUUGGUUGUCAUUCUCAAGGUUACUGUUCCCAGAUGCCUCCAUCUUCCUCUGCUUACCUCCUGCACCCUAUAAAAUCCAGGGAUGCCAGUUUUUCCUCACAGGUGUAGCUCUGUAGUCACCUCUUCGUAUAUCCGGAGUUAUUUCUGAGCGCCUGGAACAAACGUGUGUUCUCAUCUGCUAGCAUCGUAGACCAAAAGUCACUCAAAAUCCAGACAAGAUGGUGUGAGAAGGCUCCGGGUCUGCCGACAUGGGCUAUUUUUUGUUCACUUCAAAGCCAACCCAUUUCAGUCUGAAUUGCUCGUGACCUAACGUAAGCUUUAAGACUUCUCGGAUCUGAAACAGCAAACAGAGAGAAACUGCCGUUGCUGUCUUGUGACCUCCCGGCCUAAACUGCCCACCGCUAUGCCCUUUGUGACCAGCCAUACCCUUUCUUUUUCUUACCUACGCCCCCCGCCCCCCACCAGUCUCUGUGAAGGAUCGCACCUACCCCAACGGGAAAGUACAUGAAUCAAUUGUGUUAGGACAGGAGGACCACCGCCUCCACCACCACUGCCCACCCCCUCCAAGGGGGGGGUCCGGAGAGUCUGAUGACAAACGGGGCUGAAACAAAUGACUUACCGGUGCUUCUCAGUCCCAUUUAUCAGAAUCACUACUGAACUUUGAAAUCAGAAAAGAUGCCUCUUGAGCUCCACCACCGACCGGGUCACUGAUCUCUCUAGGGACUGGGGUUGGGCUUCCCCGCCCGCUUCCCCAGGCCGUAACUUCAGCUGGGGUUAACAACCACUAGUGCAUAUUGAGCCCUGAGCACUGGGUGCAUCUGUUACAAUGUCUCUCUGUCCCUGUCCCUGGAAUGGGGACAAGCUGGCUGCAGGUGUGUUUCCUUGCCUUCUGUUUUCAAUUUAAAAUGCGGCUAAAACUAAUGCUAUAUACUCUACCUUCCGACACACACAUGGUUGCCACCAUUUCCACCCUUUAAAGCUGUGAGGCAGAAAUUGUCCCCAUUAAUAGGGAACAGAUACAUUCCCACAGAGGUGGCCAGAAGGCGGAAUUCCCCGUUUUGACCCCAAUUUUCCCAUUAUUGGCUUUACUUUUGCAGAGAAGGAAGAUGGUUUCCGGUUUGGUUCCCUCCCACACCCAAAAAAAAAAGAGUCCUUGACUUUUGGAAACCCAGUACUCGGCACUGCGGUCUUACUGAACUUCUAAAAUAACGAUCCGAUGUCCAAUUGCAUCACUUGCAUCAUUUGCACCUGUUCCUCUUUCAACAGCGAAAUGCACGGAGGGCUCGCUCGUUCCUCCCCAGGGCCCCGGACGGGCCUGUGCACGCGCGCGUGCACGUACACACGCACGCGCACACCACCGUUCUUUCUAGAAACGAGUUUGUGAGGUUUUAGAACGAGUUGCCAGGGGCUCUUUCUUUGGCCUGUGAGUAAACUGCAGUGAGCUACCAGAUAAAUGCCAGCCUCUUUUCUUGUAACAUCAGGAUUUGGUUAGAUGACCUGUAAGGAACUCUCUAACUCUGACAUCUUAACGAUCAUUCUCUGGUAUAAUUGAAAAACGUGCUUCAAGCUUUUGCUGCAGUAUUUAGGAACACUUCUUCCUCUUCACAAUGUCCCAUCUCAUAAUACUUUAAAAGAACAGAGGACUGGGCAGGGUGGGGAGCCUGGAACAAAUGUAUAUUCGGAUGAGCAACAGUGAUGCUGGUAAUAAUAGCUAAUGUUUGUAUUUAUUGAGCACUUACUACGUGCUAAUUUGCUAAGCACUUUAUCUGGAAUAUUUCACUUAAUACCAACCAUAUGAAUUAGGUUUCAUUGGCCCUAAUUCGUGAGAAAACUGAUAUUCAGAAAGAUUAAAUUACUUGCCCCAGGUCGCAGGACUAACAAGUAGAAAGCCAGACCCCAAUACAGGUCCUUCUGAUUACGCUGUCUUCAUUUAAAACAAACAAACAAACAAACAGCUCAAGAAACAUGUUACAGAGAGAAGAAAAAGAUCUGAAAAAGUCUCAGCACAGGCACCAACCUGUCACCAUGUGCCAGCGUGGGAACAGCAGUGGGAACAGAGGAGCUACUGUUCCCAAGCUUUUCCUCCAGGUUUAUUGGUUUUGACGGUGUCACCUUGCAUUGUCAAGCCAUCUGACCAAAAGCAGGGGUGGUCUGAAGUCUCACCUCACUCAAAAAUUGGUCUUUCACAUCUUCUGGGUCCAGGAGAGCUGGGAUGGUAAAAUCUGCUUUCAGGAUUCCAAAGACCUGCCCUGAAAAAGAAAGGGCUGCCUGGUUCAGAGAAAAUUAGCCUAUUGUCGUCAGACGCUUGAAGUUCUCAACAGGACUGCCCACUGGACACCACAGAUGCUGCACAGAGAUUUAGGAUUUCAAAAAGGAAGAGGAAAGAAACUGCUGGGCUGGAGGAUGCUCAGCCACAAUUAGGACUAACCAGCCAGUGGCCGCGGCCAGGCAGUCCUCCCCUUCUCUGUCUCUCCUGUAUUUCCCCCCUUCCUUUUAACAAAUCCAUUAAGCAGAUACUCCGCACCGUGCUGGAAAUACUCACCUAUCCCUGGGCCCACAUUUUAAAGGCCAACGCUACCCCGGAAAGCUCUAAGUAGGUUCUCUGAGCCAAUAAACACGCUCAGCCUUGGGCCACGAGCCGCUGUCAUCUUCCCGGGAACUACAUGCAGCCUCGUGACAGGGCUACCCUGUAUCUGUAGAGCAUUUUAUAGUUUAUGACGCCCCACUGCAUAAUUACCUCAUCGUUGGCUCGCAACAACCCCGUGAUGGAGGCAGGGUAGUUUUUACUGCACCUCUUCUGCAGCUGAGGAAGAGGAGGUUCUGAAGGGAGGAUACUUGCUCCCCGAGCUUUAACAGUAGUCAGGUCGCUAGCUCCAGGCUCCUCGCCCUUGUUCCUUUUGUUCCGGUUCCCUUCCCUGCACUUGAUGCUGUCUCACGAAAAGGUCUCGGGUGCCCUGUGCUAAGGAGCGGCCGUCCGGAUUUAACUGCUCCGCUGUUCGGAGCGGGUCCUUGGUGACCAGAGGCAGUUACCUGAUGCUGGCGCUGGAGUUUUGCCUUUAGACUCUGGGUGUUCGGGUGAGCUCACGCGUUGGGCCUGAGUGGCGGCAGCUGUCUCUCUCAUAGCACUGCCACCUCCUUCAGUGGUCACAGCUAUAGGAGGGGGAAAUAAAGGAGUCAUUGCAAAUACGGCCGGGAGCAGGGUGGUCUGAGAUUGGUGGCUGCCCCUGAGCUAGAAGACGGGCACGGAGAGCCACCGACCGCUCUGCACACAGCCGCUGCAGAGACCGACCGUCCGGGCCAGAUCUUGACCCGCCCCCACAGGCUCACAUACCCAGCCCCUCGGUUGUUACGCCAUCGUCCCCCAGAGAGCGUCCCUGACAGCAGGACUUGUGGGGCCUGGGCAGUAUUAUGAGAACUCUUCCCAGGGGCAGAUGUUUUCUUUCACACCCCAGGGGCCCGAUGCCCUCAUGGCUCUGCCGGCGUCCCGGAGCCCCCACCGUUGGCAGUCAGGGACCCCUAACGUCGCCAUCAAGAAGCAGCACUUCAGACUCAAGGUAUUCCAAAACCAAGCUCAGCCUCCCCCCAACAACCUCCUCUCCCCUAUGUGGCUGCCCGUCUCCUGAGGCCCAGAGACCCCAGGGUCCUCAGCUGCUCUCUGACUCCCUCUCCUGUCCAGUCACCAAACCCCUGUCGGUGCCUUGCAAAGGUCUUUUUUGUUUUUUUUUUCCAAAUAUGGAACGAUCAUAUUGUUUUUGUGGUAUAUUAUUGUAAAAUAUUUAAACAAAAGUAUCCCCUCCCCUGACCCAGGGGCAACCACUGUUAACAGUUUGCUAUAGAAUAUUCUUCACACACUUGGGUUUUAUAAUUUGAAUGCAUAAAGAUCUACCUUACUCUCUUUAAACGCUGCAUAGUAUUUCAUUGAAUGUACCAUAACUUACUUAACCCAUCUGCUUUCAAUGGACAUUAGAUUGCCUCCGACUUCUCACUGUAAUAGUGCUGCAAUAAAAGAGCCCUGUGUGGAGGACGCAUA